AGUGUUGGAUUAUGUUCGCCGUAGUACUACGAACACUACGAAGCUGUGUAGUAGGGUCGAGUUUGACAAGUGGGAUGAGGUGUUUGUGUGGUGUUCGAAUAUGUAUACAAGAGGCAUGAUGUACUGACUUCAACCGCGGGAAGGUUAAUUAUAAAUCUACUCGGCGUUUUCGUUCUUGUAUAAAUGAACAGUAUUCUUAUUUGACUUGGAGAGCUUUCGUGAAUGUUUUCGUUUCUCUUUCAUUUGACAGAUCGACUGACAUCAGAACGGGAGUGAAGUGUUCAAAUAAACAAGCUGAAAAAUGAAUGAAGAAAAUCUACAUCUGGCACAAGCAAUAGCUGAAAUGGGCCUGGAAGACCAGCCUCAAAUACCGAAGAAGACAGUCGUCAGUAGGGUUCAGGAAAAAGUACAAGGAUUUAGCCUCAAGUUGGACGGAGCGUGCGAGCAUCAGGAGAGAAGGCGCACCCGGUCACUGAAUGCACCGAGCCCAAUCCAGCAAUUUGGGCCCUGCGGCCGGAUCAUGAAAAACUCCGCAAUGGUCAUGACAAUACAGGAUCCCGCAAGCCAAAGGCUCACCUGGUACAAGCCACCGCUCACAGUUCUUGUCAUAAAGAAGGUGCGCGAUGUUUCCGUACUCCAGCCUUUUGUGCAGCUCGUCAAAUGGCUCAUCGAGGAGAAGCACAUGGUUGUUUUUGUGGAGCAGACAGUUAUGGAUGACACUUUGCUUAUCAACAAUCCAGGCUUCUCAGUUGUGAAGGAGAAGCUCAUGACAUUUCGAGAUGGAAAGGAUGAUCUCACAGAUAAGAUUGACUUCAUCAUCUGUCUGGGGGGUGAUGGAACACUGCUGUAUGCCAGUCUGUUGUUUCAGCAAUCUGUACCACCUGUCAUGGCAUUUCAUCUUGGUUCCUUGGGAUUUCUCACACCAUUCGAAUUUGACAACUUCCAAGAGCAAGUUACAAAUGUAUUGGAAGGACAUGCAGCAUUGACACUGAGGAGUAGGCUCAGAUGUAUCAUCGUGAGGAAAAAUGAUGAACUGAACAGAACAUCGAAACCUCCCACAAAUCUUCUUGUACUUAAUGAAGUGGUGAUUGAUCGAGGACCUUCGCCUUACCUCUCAAACAUUGAUCUAUUUCUUGAUGGAAAACAUAUCACUUCAGUGCAGGGCGAUGGUCUCAUUGUUUCAACACCAACUGGAAGCACGGCUUAUGCAGUUGCAGCGGGAGCAUCCAUGAUCCACCCCAGUGUACCAGCCAUCAUGGUUACUCCAAUAUGUCCCCACUCACUCUCUUUCAGACCCAUUGUGGUUCCUGCUGGAGUUGAACUGAAGAUAAUGCUGAACAGUGACGCAAGAAGUACUGCCUGUGUGUCGUUUGAUGGGCGCUACCAGCAGGAAAUGCAUGUUGGAGAUAGCCUUCGUGUGACAACAUCUGUCUAUCCAGUGCCUUCAAUAUGUGCACAAGACCAAAUCUCUGACUGGUUUGAUUCCCUGGCAGAAUGCCUUCACUGGAAUGUGCGUAAAAGGCAGAAACAUCUUGAUGAACUCAGUGACCUCACACAUUCCAGUUCCAAUGAUACGCUCGACUCUCUUGACCACACAGAUCAGCUUGACAGCUAGACACAUGCAGGUGUGUGAAAUGGCUUAAGAGGCUGCAGAGAUCAUAUGGGCUUCUACUAAACAUGGCUGUCCUUGUCUGAUGUGAGGUGGUGUGUUGCGGUGUAUGUGUCUUUGCCAUGCUAUGAAUGCAGGUUGUGUUGAAUAUUAUUCUGCAAUAGAAAGAUAACUGAGUAUAUGUGGAAUAAAUUGGACUUCAAACAUAGUUUAAUUUGAAUUCCACUUUUUGAGUGAAAAACCAAUACUUCAUCAUUGUAAUAAUCGUCCUAAUCGUGAAGGACUUCAUUUUACGCUGAACCUGCAGCAGUACUUAUGUGAUUGUGUUUCACAGAAAUGGAUUAGACUGGUCUGGAGGAAGGAGGAGACACUUAAGGCUGAUGUUAUGUUGAAAUUUGGAGCUGUAUAUUUUAUUUACACCUGUAUUGAACUUCAUAGCAUUUUAUCAUCAUGAUGCUGUGUAAGUGUCCUUUCCCCA